CGCGUCGGUUGCAGGGCAGGAGGCAGACGCAAGCGGCUUGUUCCUCGGGAGUGCUGCUGUUUUGCUUUGGGCUGCCGGAGACAGGCCGCGGCGCUUUGGAGGGAUUAUAACCUUUCCCGUCAGCUGGAGCUGGAAGAAACUACUGGGGAGGGAGGGGAGAGUGCGGCGGUGACAGUAAUCUGCGCCACAGGGCAGCCUCUUUGCUCCUAGGAUUUAUCCGCCACCCGGGCUGGUGAGCUGCGGCAUCCGGUGUGUAUAUGAGCUGCCAUGGAGUAGAGGGGGUGCGGAAGUGGAGCUCCCCGAGGGAUUGUACGGCUGGCCGGGGACCGUGCAUUGGCAGAGGGUGACGGGGACCGUCUUCUCCAUGUUUUCCCCCAGUCAGGAGGAGCACUGCGCCCCCAGUAAGGAGCCCGUCAAAUACGGAGAGCUGGUGGUGCUGGGGUACAACGGCUGUCUCCCAAAUGGGGAUCGAGGAAGGCGGAAAAGCAGAUUUGCACUCUUUAAACGCCCUAAAUCCAAUGGGGUGAGAGCCAGCAGUGUCCAUGUGAUUUCAACCCCACAGGCUUCCAAGGCAAUCAGCAGCAGAGGCCAACACAGCAUCUCAUUCACAUUAUCCAGAAGUCAGACUGUUGUGGUGGAAUACACCCAUGACAAGGACACAGAUAUGUUUCAGAUUGGAAGGUCAACAGAAAGUCCCAUUGACUUUGUAGUAACUGACACGGUUUCUGGCAACCAGAAUGAUGAAACACAGAUAACACAAAGUACAAUCUCUAGAUUUGCGUGCAGGAUAGUCUGUGACAGGAACCCUCCGUACACCGCUAGAAUAUUUGCUGCAGGAUUUGACUCCUCCAAAAAUAUAUUUCUUGGUGAGAAAGCGGCCAAGUGGAAGAAUCCUGAUGGUCAUAUGGAUGGACUAACUACCAAUGGUGUUCUUGUGAUGCAUCCGAAGGGAGGGUUUACUGAAGAAUCCAGGCCUGGAGUAUGGCGGGAAAUUUCAGUCUGUGGAGAUGUAUAUACAUUAAGAGAAACCAGAUCUGCUCAGCAAAGAGGCAAACUUGUGGAAAAUGAAACCAAUAUUCUGCAGGAUGGUUCUCUUGUUGACUUAUGUGGUGCCACCCUUCUUUGGCGAACAGCAGAUGGUUUGCUCCAUACACCGACUCAAAAACACAUUGAAGCUUUGAGACUGGAAAUAAAUGCUGCCAGGCCUCAGUGCCCUGUUGGAUUAAACACUUUAGCUUUUCCCAGUAUCAACCGCAAAGAUGUCGUAGAAGAGAAACAGCCUUGGGCUUACCUCACCUGUGGUCAUGUGCACGGCUAUCAUAACUGGGGUCAUCGCAGUGACACAGAAGUCAAUGAACGCGAGUGUCCCAUGUGUAGAACAGUUGGUCCCUAUGUGCCUCUAUGGCUUGGUUGUGAAGCAGGAUUCUACGUAGAUGCUGGACCUCCUACUCACGCUUUCAAACCUUGUGGACACGUCAGCUCAGAAAAAUCUGCCAAAUAUUGGUCUCAGAUUCCACUGCCACAUGGUACACACGCGUUUCAUGCUGCUUGUCCUUUCUGCGCAAUACAAUUGACUGGAGAAGAAAGCUGUGUCAAACUUAUUUUCCAGGGCCCUGUUGACUAAUGUUAUUUAUAAGAGCUGAUAACAAUUUUGUUAAUAAAAAAAAAUCUAAAAAAAAAAAAAAUACUGUGAAGUUUUCACCACUAAUAUUAGAAUUUACCUUUUUUAUAAUUUUAUUAAUGGGGAGCAAAUUAUUCCAGUGUCUUGGAAUAGAUCUGAUGUCAAUGCUUUGGCAUGCAUACCAGCAGCUUAUUCAUUGAAGCUAUUGAUUUCUUUUUUUUUUGUCUAGAUUGUUAUGUUUGUAAAUCACUUUAAUACAAAUCCUUGUUUGAAAGAGG